AGGCACCUGCUAGCCACACAUGCUACGUCAUACAGGACCUUCCACAACAACAUGGCGGCAUCCGGGUCGAAGUCGGUUUUGUUCGUUUGCUUGGGGAAUAUCUGCCGAUCCCCCAUAGCUGAAGCAGUUUUCAGGAAGAUGGCAACUGAUGCCGGUGUUGUUGACAAGUGGGUCAUAGACAGUGGUGCCACAUCCGACUGGAAUAUAGGCAGCUCACCAGAUGCCCGCGGUUUGGCCUGUCUAAGGAAGAAUGGAAUUGAGACGAGCCACAGGGCCCGACAGGUGACGAGGGACGACUUCAUGAGCUUUGAGUUCAUUCUCUGCAUGGAUGAGAGCAAUUAUAAUGAGUUGGAGAGGAAAGCUAAACAGGUGAAAAACCACCAAGCAAAGAUUGAGCUUCUGGGUUCAUAUGACCCACAGAAGCAGAGGAUCAUCAAAGACCCAUAUUAUGGGAGUGAUGAAGACUUUGAGAAGGUGUACCAACAGUGUGUACGUUGCUGCAAAGCAUUCCUGGAACAAAACUCCUAACAACAUCUCUAAAUGAUCUUUCCUUAUUUGUCACAUAAAUAACAAUAAUCAACAGUAUAUGCUUCGGCUGUAUCACACCACCUCUUAUCUGUAUAAAUGUGUUACGGAUGUCGCUGAAAGAACUGGGACACUUUGUUUCAAUGUUGUAAAUGUUAUACAAAGUACACAUUGUGCACUUUUAGCAAGAUGCUGCGUGGAAACACUUGUCAACUUUGAAAUUCAGGAGAUUAAUAAAACUGAUAAAUGAAUAAGACAAUAAGAG